AUGGUUCCAUUAAUUAAUGCAAUUGGAUAUGGUGCCUAUAACAUUUUAAGUGAUAAAUCAAUAUUAUCGCUGUCAUAUACGAACAUGGUGAUAUCCGCAAUCAAUUUGCUAUUGUUAAUCAUUUUUUACUACUGGGCGAUGCCUCUCGCGUUUCCUUCCCAGUUUCAAUACAAACAAUACAUGAAAACCAUCAUUAUAUACGGUAAAAACAUCUUUUGGUCGGUUCUCCUGUUCUUACUAACCAUUGUAAUUACUGUUGCAUCAAAGUCUCGCUCAGCAAUUCUCGAAUCUGAGUUAAUUAUUGCUUUUUACUUCAUGUACAGUACAAUUACAGUAUGGAUUAAGCCUUCAAGUAAUUUUUUUAGAUUCUGGAUCAUGUUAUGUGCCUAUUUAUGCGCUACAAUUGUUGCAAUUAUGUCAUCUAUUUAUAUUUACGUCAAAUACGUUGAAGAGAAGUAUUUUGCGGUCAUAUUGAUAGGAAUAUGGGUGUUAUGCUGCGUAGUUUCAGUAUUUCUGAUAAGAUAUAAAAAUAAGAAGUUUGAUUCAAUGAUUGAGACCUCAAAUUUCUCCGAAGCACGUCCUUAUGAUAUAAUGUAUAUCUGCCAACGCGCGCUUUUCACUUCAAAGUUUUCCCAAAACUUAAUUGUCUUAAUGGACGAAAUGUACUCGAAAGAUUCGUCCACGGACAACUUAAUCUCACUCAUUGCAACGCAAUUGGCCUACGAUGUCCAUCGUCAAGACCUGGAUUUGAUGAUUACAAUUUUGGCAAAUUCUUCAAACCUUCCUAGAAUCACUCAGUUCCUUGUCUACGAGCUUUACAAGAGGUAUACCAAUUCAUCCAAGCUAGUUUGUUUACUAUCCGGCGUGGAAUCAAUCGAUAAAAGAAUCCAAGAGUUCAAAAACAAGUCAGACAAAUUCUGGAAGUUUACGAUGCUUGGGCAGACCUCAGAAGCAAUCAAAUCCGUUGGUUUUCUUAAAGUUUUAUUGGACGAUUUGUCUUAUGAUUACAGAAUUUACGAAUCCUUCUUCCCGUCGCAUUCCAAGGUUCAUACUCUAUACAAUGAAUUUUUCAAGAAGUUCAUUAUGAAGCCUGACGCCAAAAUUUCAGAGUUGACAAGGUAUUCUGUUGCUGAUGACUUAGUUAUUCAAGAUACGACAGACGGAUCAUCAUCAGUGCAUAGCUCAGAUAGCAGCAGUGAUGAAGAACUAAGAAAUAGCCAGCAACAAUGGAUUAAUGAAAAUAUCAAAAAAUUAAUUCAGAAAUCUGUCAACAUUCCUUUGUUUAUUCUAGCGGUAGUCAUAUGGAUUGGCACCUUGUGCGUCUAUUACUUCCUAAUUCAGAAGCCUUCCGAGACAAAAGACAUCGCAUCUGAAUAUCAGUACAUUCCCGACGCAAUUUACGCAAUGGAAGAGAUGACGAUAUCAUGGAUGAAGAUUGCCUACAUGAUAGAUGCAUUCCGAGCCAACAUGGAUCCUUUAAACUACUCAUUUGACAAAGUUAAAGAAAUUAUGCACCUUUUGUCAACGGAUUUCGUGACAACGGCACAAACAGUGUAUAACAAUAUGACCAAUGAACUCCAUUCUCUCCAGAAAUUCCUUGGAAACAUAGAAACAAAAUUAGUAAAUUUGGAUAAUGCGGAAGAGAGCUUUGUAGAGUUGAAAUCCGAUUGGUUUGUAUCUAAAAUUGUUGUUGAUAACUUCAAUUUGAGCAUAGAUGAAGUUCUUUCGGCUACAUCGAGUCAAUUACUUUCAAUUAAGACUGAAAACAUGACGAAAGAGAAUUUUACUGCAGCAAUAGCAGAGAGCUGGAGUUACCUCUUCGGAGUGACCAUGAAAAUCGAGCACCAAGUCUAUAAAAUGCUCAAAAUCCUCAAAGACUUUACAAAAAGUAAAAUAAGAACAACGAUGAUCGUCAACAAAACAAAAAUUAUCAUAUUUUUGUGUGUAAUUGCUUUUUGUGUGUUAUUAACCAUUCUUAUGGUAUUUUUAAUUGUUAAUCACUUCGGAAAAGUCAUAAUGUUGCAUUUCCGACCAAAUGUUCACCCGAAUCCGCAAUUAGAGGUGACAUUGUCCGACAACAUAUCGACAAACGUAUGUUCGCCAAUGUUUAUCGGUAUAGUUUUCACUUAUAUCAUAGUUAUGGCGUUUUUCAUCGGAAUUUACUUCUUAACUUCGUAUUUCCGCGGCCAAUUCUCAAACGAGAUCUACAGAUAUUCCGAUUGCAUCAUAUCUGUGCACAAUGUAACCCAAAAACUUGGUUUGCUUCAGUUCAAAUUUGUAUCAGAUUUAGAAUCAAACUCAUUUGACCUGCAAAGGUACCAAAGUCUCAUAAAUGAUGCAGCAACAUUAUUAAUACAAUCGUUACAGUCGAUUUACUAUGCGAAUUACCGUGGAGAUAUUUUAUUUAAUUUUAUUACGAAUUAUAAAUGCAACAUUACGCAGGAUUCGACUGUUUCCGAUGUAUUUGGAUGCUGGGGAUCAACCGUUACCUAUAAUUUCCUUGUCCAUUACUCAGAUCGAAUGAACAAAGAAAAUAAAACCAAUGGAUAUGAUUUCUGCCACAUGCAGUACUUGUAUUUAGACAUUCUCUUGGAUGACAUGAUGACUCUCUGUGGAGAAAUCCUUAAUUUAAGUCAUUCAACGGUUUUAGAAUACAAAUACAUACAACAUUCAAAUUAUGGAGUUUUAUUUACAUUGGGAAUCUUUAUUUUCUUUGUUUAUUAUGAGAUUUUGUUUGCUUUAUAUGUAGUUGAACUCCAACUUGGUCGCCAGAUAGCAGCUCUAAGUCCAAUGUUCAUUGUUCAACACCAAUGUUUAGUUUCUUACGUCGCGGAUUUGAGUGAAGAUGAAAAAAGUGAAAAAGAAGUUUUACCUUUCUUCGAAAUUUAUGAUUCAUCUGGUGUAGCUGUUGUCGCUUUGAACGAGAAACUAUCUAUAAUAGCUUUCACAAAAGAAGUACUAAAGAUAUUCGCGUACAAAGCACAACAGUUAUACGGACAAAGUAUCGAAGCUUUAGUUCCUUUGAAUGAAAAAGUUUACAAAAACAACGAUAAAAAAUUUUACAGACAAAUCGAGUUGGCGAGGAAUCACGAGGCCGCAGCACGAUUCAGUCGAACAGUUACUGGUUGCUGCAGUGACAGAACUCCCGUCGAUUUGAAAACAUCUGUUUCUUACGUAGAAACAAGUUCUGGAAAAUAUUUUGUCAUUGAAUUUCGAUCAAUUGCCAGAGAAACAUUUUACGAAGAGCAGUACAUUAACUCCAGCAAACUCAUUAACCAGUACAGAUCUUCCGCAAUGCCAAUCAUGCUAUUCACUGAUGACCCCGCUUUGAACAGAAGAAUGACAUUCAAAGAGACGAUAAAAGUGAGAUAUCGUCAUUACGCGGCGGUUUAUGUCGGUUUGAUUAUCGACGAGAAUUUUGAGUUGAAUGAUUUGAAUGAGAGCUCUUUCAGUCCUAUGAAGGACAUUCUCAGUUUGAGCACUCCUCUUUAUUCAGGUGUUUCUGGAGCGUUGGUUAUCGACGCGACAUGUGAAACAGCAAUUAUCAUUUUCGUGAAUGAUGAAGAUUCAGACGCUCAUUUACACAACGCUAUCGGUUUCUCCUUGGAUUUCUCUGAGAAAAACAUUUACCCAACACACGGAGUAAUCAUCGAGGGUGAUGAUAUUGAUGUGUGUCUCCAUCCCCUCCCUGACGUAGUUGAUCAAUAUGGACAGAACUCCAAACAAAUUCGUCCUCAAAUGUCAAUUGAACCUGCAAGUGAAGUUCUCCAAAAAUUGGCAAAAGUUGUGCAGAUUGCGAUCGAAAACUGCUUGAUAUUGCCGACAAACGCUGCAGAACUCAUCGCUGAUGUUCCUUCUUUGCCUUUUGCAAACGAUUUGGGUCUGGAUCUUUCGUUCAUCGAAAUCAAAAUUAGUUCUUUUGUUAAUUGA